UUAUGAUAUAGGGGUCUGAUAGACUGCUAAUAUGCGUAACUAGUCUAAAAAAUGAAGUAUAUUUAGUUGAGCAGUAAAAUGGAGAAAGUAGGAAGUUGGCAGGAAACCGUUUGUUGAAACCUUUUCGUUUCUCAAUAGGUUUUGAAAAGGAGGGUAAGAGAUGACCGAUGCCGACGGGAUUGUGCGAAGCCCGGCCGCAACGCCAGAAAAUUUCAUCAAGACGUUGGAGAAAAGAGAACUGGCACGAUUACAGGUGCCCAAAGUCGAUAUCUUCCUAUUCGAUGGGGAUGGGGUGUCAGAAUGGUUGAAGUUAUUAGAACAGGUUACGGGCGAGGCUUCAAAACCUGAUAAAUUCAAACUAAUGUCGAGGUAUGUCCGGUGGGAGCUCAGGCCAGAGGUCGUAAAAGUAGCAGUCGGUGCAAAUGGAGAUUGGUCAAAAUUUAAAGAGGAGAUGCAGAGGCGCUUCAAGUUGGGAGAUGGCCUGUUGACAAAAACGGACUUAGAGAUGUUGAGCCGAAACGAGUUCAAUACGGCGGGCGCAUUUGCUACGGCUUUUGAGAAAAUGGCGAGAAAGGUCCCGGGGAUGGUGGAGGAAGAGCAAUGUCCUGGGGCACCUAGUGGGACUGAAAACUUGUCUGGAGCAAUGGUUACAGCCUCCACGCCCAGAUCUGGAAUGGCCUUUAGGCCAUCAUCAAGGGCCGGAAUGGCAGCUUUGGCGGCACGCACAAGGUCGAAAGGGCCGCCCAGUUCUAGCCAACCUCCUCAGGAUAACCCGGGGCCUAGUGGCGAGAAGAAGAUGGUGGAAGUUCCGGGAGACGAGGAGGAUGAGGACGAGAAGUUGAGGGAAGAGGAAGAUAAGAAAGCCGACGAAAGGGCAAAAAAGAGAGGCGCAAGGACCGGCGCUGACAAGGACCAGAAAGGAAAGAAGAAGAAGUAUACGGUCCGGAUGGAGGAAGGUUUCGACGUGGAGGGCAUGGUAGACAGGCUCCUUGAGGGCCAUAAUGACCUGCUGAAUCUUAAAGACAUCCUCGCCUCUGCUCCGAAAUUGCGGGACGAGCUGAAGGCUCGUCUGCCCAGAAGGUUUGUGAUGGAUAGAGGGUCCGAAUUCACCUGUGCAGAAGUGAAGGCGCUUUUAAAGGGGUCUGGGGUAAUCGCCGAGUAUACUACUGCAACGCAUCCCCAAGCUAAUACACCUGUGGAGAGAGGGCAUAGUACCAUCACGAAUCUUCUCGCCAAGUGGACUGAUGGGAGACCCAAUCAGUGGCCGAACUUCCUAAGGAUCGCUUUCUUCGUGGAUAAUAUCACCGUCAGAAGAAGCACCGGCUACACAUUGGCCACGCUAUGGUAUGUCAGACAUGCGACGUUCCCUAUUGAAAGCUUCCUAAAGACUUGGAGGCGACAAAACCUCGAGACUAAUCUGACAUUUGAGGAACUAAUUGAUUCAAGGGCACGUCAGAUUGACGCCAUAGAGGGCAGAAUUGAGGAGGCGGCAAGUAUGGUGGCUGACAACCGUACCAAGGACAAGUUCAGGUGGGAUAAGAUGGCAAGAGUAAGGAAAGAACCUCUCAAGGUGGGGGACAUUGUAUUGUUGUACGACUCAUCCUUAGAAAAGCAGUGGUCGAGGAAGUUGGAUAAGAGGUGGCUGGGACCAUACAGGGUCACAAGAAGUGGUGAGCAUGGAGCCUACCAAAUUGAGGAGCUGACUGGGACGGCGUGCAAAGAUUGGGUGUUUGACUCAAGGUUAAAGAAGUUUGUUGCUCGAGACGAGGUGGCUGAAAAAGUAUAUGGCCAGAGGGUGGAUUGGGAAAGAGAAGUUGAAAAUUUGACGAAGGAGGUGGAAAGGCAGAGUAAGGAAGUGGAGGCAGUGAAGGUAGACAUGGUGGAAAUCUGGGCCGAGAACGAGGCCAUCAGGCAGGUCAAUCAGACCCUCAAUAAAGUCAAUGACGUCUUAAGGGCAUACUUACAGGCGCAACAGGUUUCCUUCCAAACAAAGGAAGCUGAGUGGGAAAAGAGGAUACAAGACCUUGAGACCAGGCGUGCACAGCAGACUCCAACUGUAGUGGUAGAUUGGACAAAGGCCCAGGGGUUUGAGAUAAGGGGACAGCCUGCGAAAAAUGCCUUCAAAUGCCAGAAGGAAGAAGAGAAGGUGGACCAGCAGGAAGGUGGAGAGAUUCCCUUGAUAGAUAAGGAGAUGUUGGAGUCACAAGAGGCACUAGCUGAAAAUGACUCAGAGGUUGAAGAGUUUGAGUGGAGAAUGCCGACUAGUAUGAUACUUGGACAGGAGCCAACAAAGCCAGAGGAGAGGCCACCAGCUGAGGCCAUAAGGAUUGAAGAAGUUCCACCUACAACUCAGAGAGAGACUGUGGGACAACAGGAGGCUCAGGAGAGUGUGGGUCAGACCACGGUUGAGGCUGAGUUGAGAAGGGAUCUGAAGAAGUGUCGGGAAUCCGCCAUACCUCAGGAUAUGCCUCUUGUUAUAGAUCUGCGGGAUGCUUUAGGGUCUUGUGCCACUGGUUCAAGGCCAGAGGGACGUGUCGGCGAGCAGGUGAUGCAAACAGAUGACAGAGUAACAUGUCCCACUUCCUCAAAGGUUCCACAACAGGAGGUCACAAGUAAGGUUACAGCAGUCCCGUCAUCUGUACCCUCGCAGGAAGGAGACAAGAUGUCCCAAAAGAAGAUUGACAAAUGCUUUUACUGCAAGAAGGGAAAACACCGAUCUGACGACUGCCCCAAGAGCCUAAAAGAUGAGGCAAAUAGUUUGGCCGCCAGAGAGUCAUAUGGAGUGUGGAGAGAUAGGAAUGGAAUCCUGGUUCCUAAGACUCGUGAUGGGGUGAGGACGCAGUUGUAUAGGCAGCUGUAGGAGGUCAUGAGUGAUCAGGAGUAGGGCUUGCUAAUAAGGUCCG